AUGACGGAUAGUGGCUGGAGUAGCGCAGCGGUCGGUUCAGGUAAAUUUCAAAGUUAUCUUUUUUUUUUUAAAGUUUCGUUAAUUUUAAGGCACCGCUCUCCCGUUUUACACCAUGAAGGAAGAGCUACCGGGUCAGUUUUUUGGAUUUUUUUAUAUGAAAAAUAUUAAUAUUGACUUUUCAGCAAGAAGUUUAAUGCUUGGCAGUUGUGAUCUUUUUGAGGGCCUACGAUCUGGGCGCAGUUUAUAAGUUAGUUUUUUUGAUUUCUAUUUUUUUCAAAUAAUUUAUUCUGCGUCAACUCGUCACGCUUUCCUGGAGAAAAUGUCGUAAACCUUUGGUUCACAGGUCUUGAAGCGAAAAAAAGUGUUGUGUACUGUGGUUGUUUCUUUAUCUACUUCGCAGAAAUAAACAAGUUGGCGUGGCCUUUUUGAAAUAAUUUCGGCGAUUUUUGAUUUUUUUUUCCAAUUGUUUAUAAUGAUUCCGUGUAAUUUAAAUCUGGGAGCCGUACGAAAAAAAUGGGUCUUACAACGUUAUAUCGUUUUACGGUGACUUUACCGCGCGAAUUCGAAGUUUUUUUCGUUGUUUCAAAAUUUUAAGUUCGCGCCUAAAAAGCCACCGUAAAAAGUAACAUAUCGCGAUAUAUCGUUGUGAGACCCAAUUUCUUCAAUUUCUCGCGAAAUAAUUUCAAACAAACAUCGCCAAUAUUACUUUGACCAAGGCAAACAUAAAACCUAAUUGAAAUAUUCCAGCCGAUUCUGCGGUCAUCGAAAAAUCCGUGAGGAAAUUUCCUCCUUUUUGCCCCAUAUUUAUGGGAAUUUUAGCUUCAACUCGGCCCAUGAUUCGAGGUUUCUUUUCAAUGAUUUUUUUCAUUUUCUAAUCUGAUUAAGUUUUCAGUUCAUUAA